UAUUAUCGCAUCAUCGCGCGUCGGAUUCAACAUGGCGAGCGUUGUUUAGUUGUUAUUGAUCCACUGUUCUGAAUAAACCCCAAAUCACUGAAGCCGACCGUCUUUCUCGUCCUUCAUUAUGAGUGAUGAGAAGAACUCCGACGCUUGUAACUUCUUCAUGGGUUUUGAUGAUCUGAGCGACAGCAGCAGUGAUUCUGACCCGAAUGAAUCCGGUAAGAAGAGCCGAACCGAAUCGGAGCCGUCUGGAUCAUCCGAACCGCAGAGCCGCAAACGAGCCGCCGAACCGCUGCCGAAACCUGACGAUCUGUUCCGAUCCGUAAGCAAACCCGCGUUCCUCUAUAACCCGCUCAAUAAAGUCAUAGACUGGGACAGAAGAACCGUCAAAGCUCCCGAGGAGCCUCCGAAGGUGUUUAAGGUGUGGAAGAGUAAUGCUGUACCUCCACCGCAAACAUACGAGACAGAGGAGAAGAAGAAGGGAGCUCCUCCUGGAAUGGACAUGGCCAUCAAAUGGUCAAAUGUGUACGAGGAUAACGGAGACGACGCCCCUCAGGCUCACCGAGGCCCCGCCCACUUCCUGCCGGAGGAGGAGGAGCCACAGCAGCCAGACUCUGAUGACGAUGAACCAGUAAAUAAGAAGUCUGCGAAGAAACAACGAGUGGAAACGUUCCAGCAGAAGGAGAAGAGAAAGAGAGACAUCGGACAGGCCACAUCAGACAAGAGCUUUGUGGAAGAGGAGAAGAGAAUUCUCCGACAGAGUCUGGAGUGAAAGUUGAUGUUAAUGCUCGUUUAUGCGUCUGCACCAGUCAGGAGUCGGUCUGUGGAUACUGACUGGAACAACAGCACUUGUAUCUGGGACAUUUUAAAAUGCUUCAGUUUUUUGGAAAAUUCCUUGCAGAUGGCUUUAAUUUCUUCUGUAUUUUGGACUAUAUUGUACUCGUGAUUUUGACUGUAGCUUGCAAGGAACAUUCUGUAUUGGUUACUUUGGUUGAUUGUUGAAUUUCCAAUCAUUUAUAGCCUCCGAGUCAUGGUGUAUCUGUAUUAUUUCAUGUGUGUAGUGAUGCUGUACUGCCACUAGGUAGUGCCACAGAUAAAGAUUUGUUUCCUUGUGCUUCCAGAGUAGUCAUAUGGAUCCUAUUUGGCCUGUCAUUUUAGUUUGUAAAUGAUUAAAUAACCUCAAUUACACCUUCAGCCUUCUGGUUUCUUCUGCACAAAUCAUCGAUGUGCUAAAAGAUGUCAUUCAGGAUGUCUAGGAUGUACUUUCAGUUUUAUAGCAUCAGUGGAAGUUCUUUUGAAAUCAACCAAAAAAUGAACAUGGUACAUGGAACCGUGGUAAUAUUAUGUUGUUUUUUUGUUCGUUUUUUUAGGUGGGUCAUGGACUACUGCGUUAUACAUUGGUACGGUGGAGGCCAAAAGUCUGAGGCCACUAGUGAAAAUGCUACUAAUUGUUUUAUUACAAAUAAUUGUAUUCACUCUGUACGAUUGUGGUGAGAAGAAUAUCAUCUCAGAAUAGCAUGCGGGCUGAUGCUGUUUUGCGGCACGAGGGGGACCUACACAAUAUUAGACAGGUGGUUUUAAUGUUGUGGCUGAUCGGUGUAUAUAGAUAAUGCAAUUUCAAGACGUCAUAUCUAUUAAGAGAAAUGCAUGGAAUUUGUACACUUUAAAAAGCUAAAAUGUGACAAAUUAUGA